AUGGAAUUAGGGAAAAUAUACCUAGAAAUAAAUGCAGGAAAAUGCAUAUAUGAUGGAAAUAUUGUAAAACCGGAUAGUAGGAAAGGGAAGUUAGUUCUUUAUAAGAUAUGUGACAAUCUUUACAACUUCCAAUGGAUUAGUCGAGAAACUAAUAAAAUAGAGGACAAUAUAAUAUUAACAAAAAACAUAUCAUUGGAAAGAGUUCAAGCAUGUAAAACCGGAAGGGUUUAUUUAUUAAGAAACAAAUUGAAAGGAGAGGUUUUAUUUUAUUGGAUGCAAGAUUCUGAUGAGUCAAAGGAUGAAGAAUUUGUUGAUAAAUUUAACUCCAUCAUAGCAAACGAUUUAGGAAGCGAUACGGGAGUAAGAAGGAGAUAUAACAAAAACAAUAUUCCUGGGUUAUCCGAUUUAAUGUUUUCUCAAGGAGAAUAUGAAAUGAAUCCAAAUUCAAAAAAAAAUGUUUCAUUUAAAGAUUUAUUUGUGGGUGAGUACAUGUCUAAGUUGUUGGAAAUACCAGAAGCUUACGAGGAAUUAAAAAAACAUAUGCCUAGUGGAUAUCAAACUAAAUAUGAUAUAGAAAGUUUGAUUAAUAGUAGAAUGUUAAACUCUAAUUUGAAUUGUCUAGAUUUAUCUAUUCAAACUCAGUUAAAUUUUAUAUUAAUAUCUUUAAAUUUGCCUCCACACGAAGGACCAGUAAACAAUCCACUGGAAUAUAUUGUCGAGGAACUGGAAAAAAAAUAUAAUAAAGAAGAUAGUAAUUAA